UGUCUCAAAGAGGACUUCAGGCCAUUGUUUGAUGAGUUCUGCACAGUGACCUGAGAAAAUAAAUACACUAUAAGCGCAUCAUCUUUAAAGUGAUAUUUUAUACUUCCAUCACACUAUACUUGUGAAUAUGCAAGAUAAAUUAACUCUUUAAACACUGUGGAAACAUUGUUAUUUGCUUAUGUAUGUGAGAGAAGUUUUGUUUUAUUCCUGGAAAUUGCAUUCAAAUACCGCACACUUCAGACACUUCAUAAAGAUACUGUUUUGUCUGUUUAUACUGUUUCUUUUCUGCAUAAAUCACAUCAAAAAACGUUUGGUGGCUGACAUACCUGGCUCCUACUAUUGACUGUUUUAAACAAUUGAUAUAUAGACUCAAUAAUUAACAUUCCUAUUUAUCAGGGUUCAUUGUAAUUGGUCAUUUUACAAAUAAGAAAAAUGCCAAAGAAUUUCAUUCUUCGAUCAUGUUUAGUGUCAAAUGUUACCAGUAUACAUGUGAACUGGUCGUUAAGGCAGCUUUUGCUUUAGCGUCUUCUUCGAUCCAGGACCCUGCAUUUACUUACCAUCGACCCAAACUCACAGGAAGUUAAUCAAACACAAGUUGUGGAAUGUUAGUCCAUCGUUACCAAUGUAUCCGUUAUGGGCAGACUGUGGUUAAAUCGACUUUCAGUUGGAUCAUACUGACUGGAACCCAGCAAACACGCAAGAUUCGGCCAAGCUUGGACGUGUCAUAUGCUAAAUACUGUAUCGUGUAUAAUCUCACUUCAUUCUUGGAUGAGUAUGUCACCGAGAUGUAUGUAUUUGUGAAAAGAAAAUACCCAUUUUUAUUUUUAAAAAUUCUUGGUCUAAAUGCAGGAUUACGAUUACUUCACAAUAGAAGUAUGUGAAAUAAGAUGAGUGUGUGUGCAUUAUUAUUUCGUGUGUGUGUGUGGGUGGGUUUGUGCACGCGCGAAGCUGGAAAAUGCUUGCAUGUGUUCACUCUCUGUAUGAAGAUAUAGCAGACACAUGCACGCACUAUAAAGGCAAACUAUUUUUAUUGCAUACUUCUCCCACCUUAUACUACUGUGUUGAUGGGCGCCCUUCCAUAAGUGUCCUGGCCCAAUGGAAAGGCAACAAUCCUGAAUAAAACCACCGAUAGCUGAGGGUGUAGCCUUGGUGUGAACAUCAAAACUCACGAUUCCACUGUCUGCUUUUCCACGAUGGCGUGGGGUCUGGAGAUACUGACAGAAUGGAAUGAGUUCUUGGUGCAUAGGAUGGAUCCCCGGGUGGCAAGAUGGCCGCUGAUGUCCACCCCAUGCAUACCGCUGACGACGGUGGCGAUGUACCUGGUGGUUGUUGCUGUAGGACCCCGUCUCAUGAAGAGGCAGGCCACCUCUGUGUCUCAAAAUUCCCAUCGUGGUCUACAAUGCUGGCGUGGUCGUCGUGUCCGGCUACAUGUUUAAGGAGUUCCUCUUGUCGGCGAUGUCAGCUCGCUACAGUCUCACGUGCCAGCCAGUCGACUACUCGCGACACCCGGAUGCUUUGAGGAUGGCCCGGGCGUGCUGGCUGUACUACGUAUCAAAAUAUGCGCUGCUUGCUGAUACAGUGUUCUUCAUACUGCGGAAGAAGAACGGGCAGAUCACUUUCUUGCACGUUUAUCACCAUGCCACCAUGGUCAUCAACUGGUGGCUUGGAGUGGCCUAUGUGGCCGGUGGACAGUCAGCCUUUCAUCCGCUCUUGAACACGGGUGUGCACAUGUUUAUCUAUCUGUACUACGCUCUGUCUGCUCUCGGAUCCAAGCUACAGUCGUUCCUGUGGUGGAAGAAAUAUCUGACCGUUCUACAACUGAGCCAGUACAUUGCGGUGAUAAUUCACACAACGACGAAUCUUGUGGUGGAAUGCUCCUUUCCCAAGGGAUUCAACUGGGCUGUAGCAAUAUACGCACUGUCGCUCGUCACCCUUUUUGCCAAUAGUCUAUCUUAAGACUUACUUGUCAUCGAGACACGCCCAGAAGGACAAAGUAAAUGGAGUCCCUCUUCUUAACAGACCCCUCGCUCUUAAGCAAGGAAAGGAACCACUUAGACUGAGCACAUGUUUGUGUUUAUAUUUUCUAUCUAUAUUGUGUAUAUGCGUGCAUCUGUAACUUUGUUGCAUUGCUUCAACUGGAGGAAACAAAAGCAGCAACUAUUCACAGAAAGGUUCAUAUGUAAUUGUAAAUGGGCGGUCAAUCUCAUUCAUACACAUUAUACCCAACUAGUCAGGAAAAAAUAUCAAAAUUAAAAAUGUAGUUGUAUGUUAAUACAAAGCAAAAAAAAAAAGUCUUAAAAAAUGUAUAUUUUCUAUAUUGUAUACACAAGAAAAGAAAAACAUAAUAGGAAAUAUUAUAUAUAUCGUUAUCUGUAAGCGCUUUUUGUUUGAACAGUGUACAAAAGCUUACACUGAACAACAGGAAAAAGUCAAUAAACAGUGACAAUCUUG